AUGGCACGUUACAUUGUGCAUCAAUGCAUGAAGUGUUUCCGAUGUAAACCUCCACCAAUUCAGCAGUUCAUGGGAGAGCUGCCAGCACCACGAGUCACAGUAUCACGACCAUUUUCGCAAACCGGGGUGGACUUUUUUGGUCCACUCUACAUCAGACCAGCACCUCGUAAACCAGUAGUUAAAGUGUAUGCGGCAAUUUUUGUUUGUCUAUGCACAAAGGCAGUGCAUCUCGAGCUGGUUACGGAUCUAACGACUGAACGCUUUCUACAAGCUCUUCGUCGAUUUAUUGCCAGAAGAGGGAAAUGUCAGGAUAUUUAUUCUGAUAACGGGACGAACUUCGUUGGCGCUAGGAACAAAAUAGUGGAUUUGCUGCGGUUGCUGAAGUGCCCCGAUCAUCGUGAGAAGGUAGCUGAGGAGUGUAAUGAAAAAGGGAUCGAAUGUCAUUUCAACCAACCAUCCACGCCCCACUUCGGAGGACUUUGGGAGGCGGCUGUUCGUUCAGCAAAGGCGCAUUUGCUUAAGGUAAUGGAUGAAACAUCUCCAUCGACAGAGGAUUUAAGCACACUGCUGGUUCAAGUAGAAGGAUGCUUGAAUUCACGGCCUCUUACUCCAAUGUCGGAUGACCCAAAUGAUUUGGAACCCUUGACACCAGCUCACUUUCUCAUUGGCACUUCUCUGCAUGCGCUACCGGAACAAAAUCUAGAAGCAGUUCCGAUGAACCGACUGGAUCGUUGGCAACUAAUGCAGAAGAAGCUACAGGACUUCUGGAGACGAUGGCAUAGAGAGUAUUUGUGCCAAUUGCAAGGGAGAACCAAACAUUGGCAACGCCCAGUUCAAAUCGAGAAAGGAUGGUUGGUUGUUAUUCGCGACGAAUAUCUGCCACCAAUGAAGUGGAGAAUGGGAAGGAUUAGCGAACUCCAUCCGGGAAUAGAUGGAGUGGUUCGAGUGGUUACAUUGAAAACCGUUAAUGGAUAUAUUAAACGAGCCGUCGAGAAGUUAUGUUUCUUGCCAAUACAGGAAUCACCAAUUGAACAGUAG